GAAAUUAAGUGAAAUAAAUCAUGGCGGCUAUGUAAAUGUUGAUGAGGUGCUGUGGAAUUCUCGUUUGACAGGAAAGCUUGUGCAACAUUUAUUAAGUUGCCAUGAAACGAAGUAAAUCUGAUGGUGCUAUACUGCGACCUACGGAUGAGAGAACCCCAAUACUUUCUGUACAAGGAAAUCCUAAUGCUUCUCCGGAUAGAGUGAGUCUUGCAUCCAGCCGCACUAGCAGCGUUUCGUUUUCAAAGUAAGUGAUUUAUUAUUGCGUUACUUUGAUUUGUACUGGUUUUCACUAUUAUUUAGUAGAGCCUUGAAGUUAGGAAAGUAUAAAUAACUAAGAUUAUGUCGUGCACUGAGCCACAAUCUGCUGAUGCACAUGAGCUGUCGUCAUAAGAUAAUUAUUAAAAAAGCUUUUUGUUUUUAGCGAUUCAAGUUUUAAGCUUAAACUGGAUAAACUUACAUAUUUUGGUUAACAAUUACGAAAGCAUCCCUUCAACACGACCAAGGGUGUCGUUAACUCUCUUUAGUUUGGAAGGUAUAUGAGUAGUAUCAAUAAUUUCCUCGUCGGCGCAGACCUGUCGUUUCACUGAGACUAAAAAUAAAAUUCUAAACCGAUCAGGGACAUUCGCGCAGUCGCCUACUUCAAGACGAAAAAAAGAAUAGCCGGUCAUUAGCCAGUUAAGUCUAGAUCGUUUAAAUCAAUUCAAAUUACCUGUAAAAUGAAAUUAAGUUUGUUGAGAAGAACCUGCAAUAAUUUUAACCCAGUAAUUUUUUGCCCGUUCUCACGUAAUAACGUAAUCUGAUAUCUACAGUUCGCAGCUUGGAAGGUGAGGCGAAAAGGGGUGUACAGUGGGUUUGGCUCGGUCAAGCCCGCAUAGACUACAGUCAAAUGCAGAUCACGAGGAAAGCUUGUAGGAAUAUUGUCCUUCUUGGGCGGCAAGAAAAGGAUCUGCAAAAUUAUACUGACCAAUACAAAAUUUUAUAAGUCAAUAAUUUUUUUUUGCUGUAAUAUUGGGUCCCAGGUUAUCCCACAUAAAAUGCUACUGUCUGUGAUGUUUUUUUAAAAAAAUAUUGGGUGUUUAAUGAAAACUAAGACCUUUGGGUGUCUAGAAAACUCAGGCUUUGAUGACAGAUUUUGACCACAUUAUGCUGGGUUGACUGCUCCACAGUUUGACCAGAAAAUGGAUUCUGCCUUCAACACACAUACAGUUAACUCUUGCCUUGCAGGCACCCUGCUAUAACGGACACCCCGAUAAUAUGGACAGCAGCUAAAUCUCAAGCAAAAAUGAAUUACACAUGUUUGACUGGUAUAAACUCCUGCUAUGAGGGACUCUCACUAAUGAGGGCACUAACUCAACAAGUCUGCAAGACAAUGCAUCUAUUUAACGUGAGAGAUCCCAACUUGGGUACGGAACACAAGUGUGGGCCCCUCGAUCGAUUGAACUGGAUUGCAAGAUGGAGCGGAUUCAGUGUCGAGCUUCAAAAUACAUCAUCAAUCUUCCAUUUCAUUGUCAACAAUCAUAUAAGGAUAGCUUAUGCAAAAACCUGCUUCUCCUGACAUACUGGCAUGAAUAUCUUGACGUGGUAUUCCUCUUUAAGGCUGUAACUGCAGGGCAAGUUGAAAAUAAUCCAACUGUCACUCCUCCGAUAGGCGCUCCAACAAGAACCACUAGAUACACUAGCAAUUUGGAUAUCACUUUAUUUUUAAUCAGGUCCUGUAAAAGAACCUUUCAAAGAUCGUUCUUUAACAGAACUGGUAGAAUAUGGAAUGCUCUUGCUGCUGACCUUGGGCUAUCUGUUGCUUGUUCUGAUGACCCUGAUGACCCUUGCUCUUUCAAAUCUCUGUGCCUUUCCUGUAACACGGCCCAUAAUUUAGGAUUGAACAUCACCUGUUGUUUUUAAUAGAUAGUAUUGUAGUCUUUUACCUGUUUUUAGUGAUCUGUGUCUUGGGCCUGCAGUAAUUGGCACUCGCUAUUGCGGUGUCCCCGCCUGUACUCCUGUGAAUAUAUGUACACUUUUUUUGUGGUGUCACUUAUCUUAUUGUUUAGCAAAAAUAAUAAAAUAAAAUAAAACUCAAGGUCCCUCCAGUGUCUCCUAUCAAGGGAGUUGACUGUACACUAUAGUUUGGAAUUCAUUCCUUUGUUAUUACUAUUAUUUUUUAUAGUUUACAAAAUCAAGAUGAGGUCACCAGAAAGAAUGCAAUGGAUUCUAGGAGUGGGUCUGUUGUUACAGCUGGUGAUGAGCAAUACAACGACAUUCCCAAGAGGAAACCGUUUCAUUAUAACUCACUAAGAGAUCAGUUGCAGACGUCACAUGAUCGAGACAUGGCUGCGAAAUAUCACCGUUAUAGAUACAUCUCCAAACUUUCAGGGCACAGUGUGGUGAGAAAUAUAAAUACUUCAAUCUUUUCACUUACAUAAUGGACUAAUAAGAAAUAUACUAAAAACUGAAAAACACUUCGAAGCCGACUUACCACCCAAGUAUGAUGAAACUGGAAAUAAAAUAUUAGGUACAACAAAGACAUGUUCAAAACAAAAAAUCUGAAUUUUUUUUGAGCAUUUUUUUGUUGUACCUAAUGUAUUAAUUUCAUUUCUAAUUGAAAAGACAGUAAUUCCAAAUGUGUUGCGCCUGAGUAUACCCUUUUAUUAGCUUGAUCCUCAACCCCGCCCCGCUGGAAAUUCACGGUGAGGUUUCUGCGGUAUAGAUAUUAUUGGAACCACACAAUUUUUAUUUUGUAGGAUAUUGAAAAACAAAUAGAACUACUUGAAAGUGCUGCUGAAGAGGUUUUAUUUUUAAUAAAUAUGGCCACUCACACAAUAUUUGUUCCUGGCACGGACUGUAUGAAGAAGUUUUGCCAAAAUAUUUUUCUUAAAAAAAUUUGAUUGUCAAGAAAAAAUUGUGAUUGUCUGGAAACAAAGAUCGCGAUCAAGUUGGUAUGCCCAAAAUUAACAUAUCCUUUAAAUGAAAGUGAGAUGAAAAGGAACAAAGGCAAGAAGGAAAAUUAUUGUGUAGUUACAUUAACAUGUAUAAGACUGAAUUUCAGAUGACUUGAAGUGGAUUUUGCAGGAGCAUUGAUCAUGAUUCCAGAUUGUGGGGUUAUGAUUGAUUAUGAAGAAGUAUAAUUUUAUAUAGGUCUUCUUGUGUGCUUACAACAUUAAUUGCAAGACAUGUAUUAUUCAUGUGCGUAAUCUUUUUGUUCUAGAUUAUUCCAAGUCACAUGCUUCCUCCAAAUUUAUUCCUUAUUUUUCCGAAGAAAACAGAUGAGAAACAGAGCAGUCUUAUUACAAUGUAAGUAACAUUACUCAUUUCAACUAAUUUACUAUCUAUAUGUGCAGGUAGGUUUCAACAUUACUGCAAAACACAAAAUAUUAAAUUCCAGACUUUUUGGUUUGGUGCUAAUAAUUUUGAGGGUGGUACUCAUUUUAAAGGAACGAAAACCCAGCAACAUUUUAACAGCCAACUGCUCCUUUUUCCCACGUACAUGUGCAAGAAUGCAUGUUGCUUGAAUAUGACAAUUGUUUACGUGACUGUACAGUUGCCAAAAUUACAGUUGACUCCCGGUAACUCAAACCCUCCAUAACUCGAACCUCCCGCUAACUCGAGGCAAUUUUGAUUUCCCUUCAGGUCGUUUUCUAUAUACCGGUAAUUUUACCCUUGAUAACUCGAACUCCCGAUAACUUGAACUUUUUUCUAUUUCCCUUAUUUUAAGGUUUGAAUUAUCGAGAGUCAACUGUAUGUAACCUCGGGUAAUGGAUGAUUUUUAAGAGCAAUGUAAAACUGUGUCCCACAUUAUUGUGGUUGUUGUUACCAUUUUUUUCAAAGCAAUGUAAACUAUUAUACAAAUCACUAAUUUUUUAUUAUUAGAUCUGGGUUUUGUGAUAUCUGGAACAGUCAUGUUUUUGGCUGUUAACCCUUACCUUGACCUAUAUAUGGCUUAUUCCAUACAUUACAAAAACCCCGAUCCAAUAGUUAUUUAUACAGUGUAUAUUUUAUUUUUCAAACUGCAGUUUUUCUGUCUGGAAUACAAUGAUGGGCACCUCAUUGUUAAGUAUACCAUGGGCAAUAGAGCAGGUAUGUGAAUUUUAACACCUCAUUUCUCUGCAGUUUGUACCUUAGAGCAAUGUAGCUAUGAUCUGAGUAGUUACAAGUCUAGAGUAUUUAUCCCUAGAUAUCAUCCUCGGAGACCCAGGGGCAGAUAGUGGGGGCGAGGGAAAGUCUAAACGGGCGGAAAAAUAUAGCACGAAGAAAAGUAAAGAACGGCGAGAAGAGCCCCUGGGGACAAUGUCUUACCAGACCAGUUCCAAACUGUCGUGGUCGUGCUGGCUUCUAAUUGGUGCCAGAAAACUUUUGCGUUUUUCUGCCCAAUCAGAAGGCAGAACGGCGGCAACCGUUUGGAACUGGUCUGGUAAGACAUUGUCCCCAGGGGCUCUUCUCGCCGUUCUUUUCUUUUCUUCUCUUCGUGCCAUAUUUUCCCGCCUGUUUAGACUUUCCCUCGCCCCCACUAUCUGCCCCUGGGUCUCCCAGGAUGCACUAGAUAUAUUAAAUUGCGUUGUUCCGAAAAAUAUCAACACUCCACCCAUGGCAGGUUUUUAGGUUUAAACCUCACCUCCCUCAUACUUUUUCUGCAAAACAUUUGGUGACCUACUUUCCUUCACAAUUUCCAGUGACCCCCCAUGGGGUAUGGAUGGAUAUUUUCUGAAACAGCAGAUAUUUUUCAAAGUUAUUUAUAAUAAUAUGAUCCCGUACCAAGGAAAUUGAAACAGUUGUAUAUAAUAGCACAAUUAAACUAGCAACACUCAUCUCUUUGUGCCAUUGCAGGCUGGCUUUGCUCUUGCAUUAAUUCUGAUGGUACUGAUGGCUGGAUUAUGUCUUUACAGUUGUUAUUUGAUCCUUAAAACUGCUGAGGAUUCAAGUAAGUACUCAAUCAAUUGCCCUGUUUUUUUUUUUGGAACUGUAGAAUUUGAUUACCACUCUCUGAAGUUAUAAAACUUUGCAGAGUGAUUCCAGUUGAGAAAACAUACCCCCACCCCUCCCCCUUGAAAUCCUUUGAAUCUUUAAUCCUUUUAAUCAGUAUGAUUAACAUUUGGUGUACAUGUUGUGGUUCAAUUUUAUUCUUGGUUCAAAUUUCAUUUCCCAUUGUUUCAAACUCUUUAUCAUACAUUACCAUACUAAAAACAAAGGAAAAUAAAAUUAAAUCAUAACAAUCAUGUGUUGUGGUUCAGUGUUAUCCAUGGUCCUAAGAAUUUUAUUUCUCCCUUUAAUACCCUUAGCACAUUGGUUUCAGAAUCCGGGCGAUGUAGCUACACUGCAUGCACUGAGACCUCUCCUAUUUUGUUUUAUUUUUUACUCCAUGGGUAUUGAACAAAGGAAACCCUGGAUUCUGAAAAAAAGCAGGGUUGGACAUUUGGGCAUGCCCGGUCACUUGCCCAGGCAACAAAACAGUCGGGCGAAUACAAAUCAAGAAUCACUCACCCGGGUUUGGCGCGUACAGUUUUCAUACACAAUAAUAUACAAGAAAUUUUUUUAAAAUUAACACCACUUUUCACUUUCGACUUGAAAAAAAUCUUCUCCGUCCUAAUAAGCCAAAAGCUUGCCAUUCUGAAAUGUCCAUCACCCCUGGUUUGUAGUUUCUAAAACAGGUUUGUAAACAGGCAAAAUGGCCUCUGCUUCAAUGAUUGUUACAUGAAGGAUGAAAUUGAACAAAGUGAUAUCUCUGGUUAUUAAAUAUGCCGUGUCAUCCGUUGAGCCACAAAACAUGGCAAAAUGGCUCUUUCCCACCGUUUUAGUGUAUAAUUUUGACACUUUGCUUGGGGUAAAUUUGUUGCUGUUUCCUUUUUGUUUGUAAUUAUUAAGGUCUGUUUCAGGACACGGUGAGUGAAUUUCUAUGCAGUGAUCAGGAGGGGAGCUAUUUUUUUUUAUGGAGGAGACUGGGCUACUCAAAACUGAUUUGGGUGAGUGCAAUUUGAAUGUCAGUCACCCAAAUGGUGGUGAGUGCUUACAAAUUCUAGUUUCCCUCAUCCCUGACCCAAAGGGAAACCUGUAAGGUUUGAGGUUGAAGAAGUGUUAUUAAAUAUCAAUCACUUUUCUUUCAGUCAAACAUGGUGAAAUUUUAGAGUUUUCGGACAUCUGUAAAAAGUACCUUGGUAAACCUGGCGAGCUUAUUGCUGUUUUGUUUUCACUGGCUGCCAAUGCUGGAGCUUGCAUAGUCUUCUGGGUUCUAAUGAGUAAUUUCCUGUACAAUUUUGGAUACUACAUUAAUGGUAAAGAUACCUUUUUCUAAUUGUUUAUAACAUACAUGCAUUGCUAUUAGAAAUAUGUGUCACAAUUGAAUUAAAUACUGCAGCAUGAUCAGUUUUGCACACAACAUAAAAUAUUUAUUUAUUACCAAAUUCAAAAGUUAUGAUGAUCCUGACUUUGAUGAUGGCAAGAAUGAAAAUUUUGAUAAUGAUUACGAGAAUUGUGAUGAUGAUGAUGAUGAUUGCAGUAUCACAUUUGCCUCUUGUAAAUUUCUUUUUGCAUUCAUAUAGUAAACCAGUAUCCCUAAUUCACUGUGCAUAAUUUAGGUUCUUACAUAAUAAUUUGUUAUUUUUUUACAGUAGUUACAUCAGAUUGAAACAAAAAAUAAUAAUAAUUCCUGCCAACUUUAUUGCUUGUUUUACAGAGAGGCUUCAUCGUGCAUAUUCAAUUCCAGUAGGAAACUUCUCCAUGUUAAAUACAACUGUGUCACCAAACAGUGCUGCUUCACAAGGUGAUAUUGUGCUCCUUUACAUCCAUAUCGUCUGUAUAAUUUAGACAUCCUUGACUGUCGUGAUGUUAUGUCUUCCUUUUGGAGUCUGUUUUCAACAUCUAAUGGUGUUACCACAGUCUUUUUGGCAUUUAACACCUGUAAUGACAAAUGAUAAAAAUUAGAUCCAAAGAUCAAGAAAAGCCUGGAGCUCCUGGCUUUCCUGAAUUAAUUUCAUCUUUUUGACAAAAACUGGAAAGUUUUAAAAAGGAGUUAUAUUAUAACUGAGAAAAAUAAAAAGCAGAAGAAAACCAUGACUGGCUUAAGUACAUGUUCAUGUAUGAAAUGAGUGGGGAAGUUUAAAAAAAAUCUACCAAACAAGGUCUUUAAAAAAACUGGUAAGAUCAUGCUAGCUGUGAAACCCAUUUCUCAGUUCACGUGAUCACGUCAUUGGGUGGUGACGUUAAGCAACUCUGCCGUCGUCAGUCUGGAUAGGCGAGGUGUGAUCAAAACAUGGACUGAAGUGGCUGCAAGAGUGCGCCUUAACAUGCUGGCGUCCAAUCUCACCUCUCUGGUUCCUCCGCAAUUCAGCCAUUGGCUGCAAGUGGGGAAAGUUGGCACGGCAUAUAUAUAUAUUUUCUUGUGUUUUUCUUGAAUUUAGGUUGACGCCAAGGCCAGGGCCCUGGGGUUCCAUAAAAUAUCUUGACAUACCCACUGGAGAGUCAUUGGAAAUUCUGAGGGGAGGUGGGGUUUAGCGGCAAAAUAAAUGAAAGUAUGAAGCUAAAUCAGAAUUUCCAGAGGGUUGUGGGUAGGGUGGGGUUCCAACCAGUAUACCAUUCAAGCAGGUAGUAUAGAUAUUUUCUGGGUAAAAAUAUGACUGUGGUCUGAAAGUUAUAUAAUUUUGUCUGAUUUUCAGUGCUUUGUCCUGCUGGCCAUAGUUCAAACUCAACCGCAACUGAUCAGUUGGUCAGGGCCAGCACCUCAAGCUUUUUCAAGUAUUGGAGUCAACAGAAGAGUGUACCAUUCUUUUUAAUUGCCAUCCUCUUACCACUAUGCAGUGUAAAAUCUCCAACAUUCUUCACAAAGUUUAAUUCUCUAGGUGAGUAACUGACAUGAAGAGGUCUGGAAUAAUAUUAUGUAAUGUUCUGGUGACAAGAAUUCUUGCCUACUGACAGAGGUCUGUUUCCCUAGUAUCCACCCUCCGAAUACCAGGGAAAAGAGGCUUCUGCUAACAGGGGACGAGAAUUCCACGUUUUUCUGUCUAUUAGUGUAAUCCUAGCUAGGAUGCUUGGUGGUGAUGGUGUUAAGCAAAAACUCUUGAAAAAAAGCGUAUUUCAUUUUCAAAAUGACCAGACUGGCUGAGCUUUUCUGACUUUUGCUAAGCAACAGGUGACAUUCCUUUAGGCUGCUUAGCUGGCAGGAUUUGUGUGGGAGUUCUGUUUUGUUUUGGCGGCAGGGCCGUGACAAGAGUGGUUACAAGUCAAUUUGAAAUCCCUCGCACUCCGCCGCCAAGAAAGUACCCCGGGCACAAGAAUCGCACCAGCAAUGCAUGUUAUCAUUCCUUCUCUAUAUUCACUGUAAUAUUUCCUCUGUUUUGAUGCAGACACCUUGCUCAGUCACUUUGGUGAUGAUAUUCAAGAGAUUUUGCUGUAAUGCACAAUUUAAUAUUAGUAUUUAGCAAACAUUUCCAAAACUCAGAGCAAAAAUUUCAAACUAAUCCAUUAUUAUUUCGUUCAAAUGGCUCAGGCUUAAUCAGCGACGUAAACUGAGGUCAGGGUUCUUCCGAAAAUUUGAAGAGGAAAGAGGAAAAAAUCAACUACGCGGCAACCAACUUGAGAUCGAAGUACAUGUACAUGUCUUUUGCUUGACAGAACUUUCUGUAAUGUUAGGUGUUGAAAAGGGGCUACCCCGCUUUCAUUGGGGGAGUCAGAGCAAUCAGGGAAAGAAAUUUAGCCUUGAAGGUGUAUCCAAUUCCUUUAUUUACCCACAUUUAACAUCAACUUAACAGAAGAGUAAGGGAAUCAUAAUAAAGUGAAUUAUAUGAUGGUUUCUGUGAGUAGCCAGCUCCUCUGUAUCAACUAGACGGGAAUUUUAGCGCAUCGCCAGAGGUUCUGGAGAACCCUGGAGGUUCGGAUACAUAACACAAAGGUUGUUAUGUAUUCCCAGGAGGGGAGUCUGAAUACAUAAUACAACAAUAGAUAUGUACUAAACAACCUCAAUUAAACCAAUCACUAAAGAAUCUUAAUUUUUAUGUCACAAAUGAAGCUUAAGUGAUUUGAACAAAAUAUUUCAUUAAUUUGAAAUUGUUGCUCUGAGUUUUGGAAAUUGUUCGUUAAAUGUCUCUGCCAGAGCAGAUGAAAAACCUUGUUGGUAACAAUGUUAUUAUAAUCCAUUAUAAUAUUUUAUUAUUAUGACAUGGAGAAUAACAAAAGGAUUCUUCUUGUAUUUCACCACCAGGUACUUUAUCAGCAGCAUAUAUUAUAAUAUUCAGUAUUACUAAAGCCAGCAUAUGGGGAAUCCAUAUGGAGUUGAAUGGUCAAGAUCCAUGUAAGAUCAUCUUUGAAAUUUCUUAAUAAUUAAUCUUUUUUUAAAAAAGAUUUUGAAUAAUUAAAGUGUAUGUUGAAUAUCUAGCUGAUUGUUUAAAAAAAAGAACGUAGAGAAAUUUGCAGUGAAAAAGCGCUAAAAGAUGGAUGUUUGUGUCCAAAGAGGUAGAAAAUCUCACUAGCAAAGGAAAGGGAAGGAAAAAUGGAAAGAGCUAGGAGGAGGAAAGGAGGAGAAGGAAAAAAAAACAAUUGUUUUACUUUCAGGUUUCAUAUUGGCUACUUUUGAGAUGGCCAAAACAACUGAUUGACAGAAGAGGUCUAUUUGGCGGUGACAUUUUCAAAAAUCCGGCUAGAUAUAAUGAUGCAUGUAUUAAAAAUAUAAUGAUUGUAGUUACCAGUUGAUGCAUAUGCACGGCUAUCGGCAGAGUGCUCAAUAGAAGGACUAGAGCGUAGUAUAAUCAAGGUUCUCUGGAGUCAACUUGAGAUUUAGACUUGGCAUUUUUAUUACUACUUAGUUUGUUACCGCACGGCAUGUACGGCACUCCUCAGAUUAUUAAUUAUUAAUUAAUAUUAAUAUUAGUAUUAAUAUUAAUAUUAAUUAUUAGAUUAUUAAUGAUUGUAGUUAUAUAAUGUUUUAUAGUAGUAAUGAUGAAGUUUUUUCUCAGUGUUCAAGGCAAGCUUCCCUGCUCUUACUGGAAUUCUCACCCUGGCGUACUUUAUUCAUAAUUGCAUACUCUCCAUAAUGAGGAACCAAGAAAACCCCAAAAAUAAUGUGAGUAGUAAAGAGUACUUUGAAGCAGGGGGCGGGGGGGGCGAUGGUUAAGGCUGGUAAGGGGUGUGAGAGAAAAAAGUUAGUGAGUGGAGAGGGACGAGAAAGGAAAUGAUCUGGAGGACAAUUUUCUGACUUUCCUUUAUUAGUUUUGUUAUGAGGGAAAAUGGCGACUCCUUCUGACCCCCUUCUCAAAUCCAAAGAAAACAAGAUUCAUGACAAGACAAGGUGUAGUCUGAAAUGUCAGCCGGCCCUCCCCCUAGCCCCCCCCCCCACGUGCUAAGUAGUAAACAGUACUUAGAGGGGAGAAUGGGUGGGGCUUGUAAGGGGUGUGAGAGAAAAAAGUCAGUGAGUCGGGAGGGAUGGGGAAGGAAAUGAUCUGGAGAGCAAUUUUCCGAUUUUACUUUAUUAGUUUCGUUCGACUCCUUGUGACCCCUCCUCAAAACCAAACAAAACAAGAUUUAUGACAAGACAAAGUGUAGUCCAAAAUGUCAGCCGGUUCUCCCAGCCUGGGGGGGGGGGGGGUUAGGUCUCUCUCCCCCGCGCCCUCCACAGGUUAGGGGGUGGAGAACGGCUGGCAUUUCUGUAUUGGUUAUUAAUUUCAAGAUUACAAUAUUAUUGAAAUUAUUGGAAUCGGUUCGCAAAAUAUCGUAUUUGUGAGUGUUUCGCCAAUCAACUAUUUGCUGAUGCCGAGGUUAGAGACAAAUAAUCUUUGAAACACUGACAAAUCAGAGUAGUUUAUUUAUUUUACUCAUCCUUGUCAAAUAAUUGUUUAUUUUUGUUAUUGUAGCAGAUUUCACAUUUUUAACUGAAGUACUAACUUUGUACAUGUAUUUGCAUUUCUCUUGUUAGGCACGGGACCUCAGCAUAGCUUACUUCCUCGUUGCUUUCACGUAUAUCCUUGUUGGUGUGCUGUUUUUCAUUUCAUUCCCGAGAGAUAAAUCUUGUAUUCAACAGGUAAUAUUUUUAUUUCAACUAACAGAUUUGUUUGGAAUAAUGAAAAUCUUACUUAGUAGAGGAUACUAGAUAUGAAAGCCCGCAUAAAUCAUGCAGUUGAACCCCGCUUUAGGGUCACCCGCUCAACAAAGACAAGUGAUUAUGGCGGACGGAUUUCUUUGUCCCUGGGGAUAGCAUUGACAGCCUUUAGAUUUUGUCUUAAUUCAAGCCGCUCAAUACGGACACCCUUAAAUGUGUAGCGUGUUCACAGACCCUCUAAAUUCUCUUCAAAGUCCGUCGAGCGCGGGUGAUAAAACUAAACCGCAGGGGAUUUAUUGACCGCCAGAGCAAGAGGGUAGUGGUGGUGUUUUCGAAAAGAACGAAAAGGAAAAGACGUCUGUGUACAGGCUUGUAAUGUGGACAGCGGACACUUUUUCCUUGCCAAAUCAACAGAUUCUCGUACGUUGAAAAUCAACCUCGCUUAUGUUGGUGGACACUUCAUCGUCAAUUGUGUGCUGUAAUUAGUUUUUCCUUUUUGAAGGUAAGAAACUUUCAGGGAACAGAAUGUCGAAGUUCCCAGCGAAUGAUAGGAUGAAUUGUAGAGGUCAAUUUUGAACUAUUUUGAUAUCAAACGAGUUAUGCAGAGAGCGCUUUUUGUUUAAGUAAUUGGAUGGAUUAGCGAGUUUUAAGUGGACUUGGUCCGCGGAAGGUCAGCUUUGUGAAGGUUAAUAGAGGUGAGAUCAGUUUAAUAUUACAGUGUUAAUGUGCUGUUUAUUUAUUUUUUUUAGUAUUUUGUUGAAAUAAAAGGUGUGACGUACAUAACAUGACCUGCUUAAAACGGGCACCUCUUUAAUACGGAUACUUUCUAUGUCCCCGUCAAUGUGCGUAUUAUUAACGGGCUUUGACUGUAUCUCUCUCUCUUUUGAUAGGUUCUUCUUGAUAAUCUUCCUGCUCCAGAUGUGAUGACCUUUGUAGCAAGGGUAUUCCUUCUGUUUCAACUGACCACUGUCUUUCCUCUCGUUAUGUAUAUCGUACGCGUGCAGUUCAUGCUGUAUUUUUUCAACAAAAUCUAUCCAAGGUGAGUCGUUAAGAUUAGUGAGCCUGCUUGAGUAAAGGCGUUUAUGAACGACGCACGUCAAUCGGAAAUGAGGCCUUUUCCUUUUUAAUAUGCCUUGACGCUACCAAAUUUGGGAUCAUUAUUCCUUUCUGGGAAACUACCCACCUACCCCUCCCCUAAGCCAACAUUUUGCCCUAAGUGGGAAGUAAGUGUUAAUGUUGGCUUAGGGGAGGGGUAGGUGGGCAGUUUCCCAGAAAAGCAUAAUGAUUCCCAAAUUUGUAUUGCUAAGUGUCGUACUGUCUCUUAUCUUACUGUGACGAUAUGCUCGAAAAAUUGGGCAAAAGCGUAGCCCACGUACGAAUACAAAAAGUCCUCGUUGACAUGCGUAAUUACUAAACGAGCUUAGUUUGCCAAACGUUUUGCCAAUUUACUUUUAAAGUUCUAAGUGUUUGAAAACUGAAACUGUUGUUACGGUCGUCAUAACUAUGGUGUGUAAGAGUCAAUGGAAGCAGGGUCUUGGAAGGGUAUUCCCGGGAUGCGGGAUUUCACCAAAAUACAGUGCGGGAUUCAGCGAGAAACGUUUACGGGAUACAGUAUUUGACUGCUACUCGCCCAAAUUUGGGCACCAGUGGGGAUUAGGAAUGAAAACGAUAUUCACGAUAGCGCGAUGAAAGAAGUUCGGGAUGCGGAAUUCUCGUGAAAAAGGAGCGGAAAUUCGGGACGAGGAACCCCCUUUCCAGACCCUGUGGAAGACGAUUUGGAUCAUUAUGCGUUUCUGGGAAACUGCCCACCUACCCCUCCCCUAAGCCAACAUUAACAUUUACUCCUCACUUGGGGCAAAAUGUUGGCUUAAGGGAGAGGUAGGUGGGCAGUGUCCCAGAAACGUAUAAUGAUCUGAUUUUUGUCUGUUUACUAAGGUCAUGGCGUAUCCGAGGGAGUGGCCCACCCUCGGGUUGGACAAUGUACCCUUAACUCAUUGUAACAUCAUAUUAUCUUAUGUCACUGUUGUUUCCUUCAUAGCUUCCUUCAUGUGUUUUUCCUGAACCUAGUACUUAUCGGAUCUUGCGUUCUCUGUGCUGUGUUUUAUCCACAUGUUGGGAACAUUAUCAGGUAAUACAACUAGAAAGUCUUUGAGCUCUCUCGGAGCCAUGAUAGUGACUCUUAAGGAACAAAAACAGUGACGGCAACGAGAUCGUCAUUAAAGCAAGUGGACAUUGAAGUUUUGCUCAUAAAGAUUCUUCUUUUUUCGACCAUUGAAGUAUUCACUUCUGCCAAUAAUCAACGCUUUCAAGCGACAGAAUUUGUGUACCGACCCGUUUCGGAAAAGCUCGACAUCUUUCACAUUAAUCUUUCCUAAGCUUUCUUCACAAAACAUGCAUGGCGGUCUGAACAUGUUGUCGGUCACGUCGCGAUUCGUAUCCCCAGUUUCCACGGUCUCCGCCAAGAACAGGAUCAUGAGUCCCCUUUUGGCGAGCACGCACGAAAAAAAAAAAAGGAAAGAAACACUUGUAACUUUAGUCUCGCUGCUAAGCAAGCUCGUCUAAUACCUCGAACAGCUGAACUGAUCACGACAAGUUUGAAACCUUUUAGUGACGUUUUCAUUGGAAUCCGUAAGGUUGAUUCCAAGGUCCCGAGUUGUUUAGCUCCCUGGUAUUUACUUCUUGUAUUGUUUCAAACGAGAAAGUCUAAUAUUUCAAUAUAAAAAAGUCGGAACUUUACCGUAGUUAAAGGUUGAAAAUCUCACGACUGUUUAUUUUUCAGAUACGUUGGAUCGCUGAGUGGUCUUGCUUACAAUUACUCGCUCCCUUGUAUUGUCUACAUCAUGAUUCAGAAGAAAAGAGGACAGCUUUCAAUACCAAGCAUUCUGUUUCACUCUAUUAUAGUUGUAAUUGGAGUGCUCAAUUUUAUUUCGCAGUUUCUUAUAUAAUGUGAGAAGAUUACAUACGUUAUGUGGUUAUGCAUUUUGUAUUACAAUCGCCAUUUACAAGAAAAAAAUAAGGUCCCAGGCUUACUCUUGCUUUCCUGUUGUACUGUACUUUAUCAAGUAUUUAUUUACACAAACCCCGGGUUUUCAAUACUCGCUAUCGAUGAACUGGUUAUAACUUAUGAUUUAGAUAUUAGGAUAACGAUAUUUGUAGUUUAAUCUGUCGUCAAUUAUAUUUCAGACGUGAAAUUAAGGUGCUUUAGAAGCUGAUUAACAAUAAUUAUACCUUGUAUUUUUAUUCAUUCAAAAUAUUUUCCCGUUUCUUAAUGGGUUAGAUCCCAAGGCUAAUAGACUAGAAUCAGCCAGCGUUGACUAAAUUAAAAAAAUUUGUUGGAUUUUAUCAUUGCGAUUGACG